AUUUGGAGCAAUAGAUCAUGAAUUUAUCUAAAUCGAGACCAAGUUAAGCGAGAGUUAUAUGAAGACAUUACCCGCGGGAGUUCGGUUUUAGAUCUACACUGGUAACAUCAACAUCAAGUGGAUAAACGAUUUUAUUUGCUAAUGGAUAUGGCCCUAGAAACUACCAACUCUGAAACCAGCACAGAUGGGUCACCACCUAAGUGGAAAAAUCCAGCAGAGGUGAUGAAGAUGAGGAAACGGAAGAAAGCGAAGACUGCUGGACUAGAAUCCCAACGGGUGGUUCUCAAACCACACAAUGUCCAAAAUCUUUCAUUGAAAAAUGACACAAAAAAUUUGAAAAGGAGAAAUCCAUUUAGCUGCACGGACUCAGUUAGUAAUAAAAGGCUCAAUGCACCUGAUAGUUACAUGAGGUCUACUGAACCUGUGAUAGAUGCCAGGUUGUUUUCAGUACUAGAUCAAGAUCAGAUCUCAGAAACUGAUGGAAUUGACCAUGCUUUAAAAACCACAACAGAGUCACUUCUACAAAGGAAUGAUGGGUCCAAAAGUUCAAAUUUGAGAAUAAACUCCUUUCCUCAGGUACCUGUUAAACCAGAUGAAACGCAGCAAAGAGAAAAAAGCUUACCCUGUGAUUGGAGUUUACGCCUUAAAAUGAGGUUUACAUCCCCUAAGUCAUUUGCCUGGUGUGGAGCUUUAAAGGGCAAUGAGGAAGCCAGUGGGAUUGUCAACUUUACUUGUUGUAACCCUCAUAAGGGGUCAGCACUGAAGGACAGCACGUUGUCAGGGCUCCGGUUCCAGGAGGCGUGCAUGUACUGGAUCCACCCUAACAUUCCUUGGCUCAGGAUGUUUCCAAGGAUAACAGGAGAUGUCAAAAUAAGUAAUCCUAAUACUCUUACUGUUGAUGAAGAUAUCAGAAAACAUUUGUUGGCAGAUUGGAUUGAAAGCUUCACUUCAGUGUUUCAGCUUGUCAGGGCAAAUUUGUGUCCCUAUUUCUACGUAUGUACACAUCAGUUCAGUGUGCUGUUUCGUGCAGCAGGGAUAGGUGGCAGCACUGACAUGGACGCUAUUCUCACACCCUCUACUCGAGGUUUAAGGGAGGCAAUGCAAGCUGAAGGAAUAGAAUUCACCUUGCCCCUUAGACCAGCUAGACAAAGCAGCAGUAACCAAAUACCCAAUUCCCAGGCAAACGCUGAAGGUGAACAAAAGGACAAAGUAUCUGCUACUGAUGAAAGUGCCAGUAGAAGUCCACUAGCACCAGAAGAUGAUGCAGCAGAAGAUCACGUAGAAGAAGAUAUAGAGGACACAGAUGGGGGUGCACAAACAUGGCUUGAGAGUCUAGGCGUGGAUAAAACCAAGUUUCCUGAACUGGAGGCUACAAAAGUCAAACUUCAGCGUGAAGGUUUCCGUGCCAUUGACAAUAGACCAGAGUCUACAGUAUAUGUGGAAGGCAAUGAAGUGCAGGCUCUGUAUAACUUCCUGUUGAACUGCAAAAGCUGUAUAGCCAAUACUGGUGCUCAGACUGGGAUUCCGCCCACCAUCCUGUCCCCUGUGGCUUUUAAGGGAGCUACUUUGAAGAGUUUAAAAGUUCAUCAAGGAAAAGUUCGACAACAGGCCACAGAUGGCAGCACCAACACAGUUUUCAUGGUGGAGGUAGUUGGUCCCAUCCUCCCUCACACACUAUUCAAACUGUGCAGACUCUUUGAAAGCUCACAGGAACAGCAAUUUUCUGCUGUCUGUCAUGUACAUGAGCCAACGGUGCCUUUCAAUGGCAUUAUGACUGUCAAAAAAUCUGGUAGUUUGGAUACCGUUGUUGAUCCAUUGGAUGUUGAACACUAUAUCAAGGAUGGAAAAAACAUAGAAAAACAGGCAAUUCGAGAAAUAGCUUGUGAUGGGUUAUUGUAUUCCUGGACAAUGACUUGAAUUCAUGGUACACCUUGAACUGUUCCUUCAUUUGAAAAUUUGUGGUUUUACUCCAUUUUUAAUAAUUGAAUGUUUACCAGGCUCUUUUAUUAAUGAUAAAAAUUAUUUAACAUAUUGUGAAUAAUAUACUGUUAUAAACGAUUUUAAACUUGUAAAUUCAUGUAGAUAAUUUAAUACAUAAAGAAAUGCUCUCAAUUUUAUUUUGUUGUGAUAUGUUCAAAUUUAUAUGAAACUCAUAACCAAUCUAUUUUUCAA